AUGGGUGACCAGCAUGAGGCGCAGGUCAGAUCGUGGGGGUUCGACCAUGUCUUUACCUGGAGUGAUGGGCCCAACUCACACUACGCUCCCCACUCGCAUGCCGGGCUGACAACGCAUCUCAUCGUCGACGGCGAGAUGACACUGUGGUAUCCGAACGAGGAGGACCGCGCAAAGGUCACCUACGGCCCUGGCUCCAGGGUCGACGUCGAGGCUGGGCGGGUGCAUGAGGUUUGGAUCGGGAGCAAAGGCUGCACCCUGGCUGCGGAAGAGACUGAGACACUCGCGAGGGCCUGUCGUGGAGGAGAGGACGGGUAA